AAAAGGCCGACCUCUGUGUUGUUUUGGGCGGGGCUACGCUACGCAUUUUCCCCAUCUAUAUUAGAAGAACAGUGUCCUACGCUAGUAGGCCUUUCUAAUUGGUGACGAGAAUAUCAAAGCGUUGCUGUCAGUCAUUGCCAUUUAAAUGGCUGCGCAGUGUGAGAUGUGGAAGUGCACCGUUCGGGUGGCGGAGGGGACAUAGCCGGGCAACUGGAAGGUCUGAGGAUGAUCAAGGAGGAAGAAGAAGAAGGGGAAGGCAAGCAGGCAGAAGAACAGCUGCGCUGCCGCUAUGACGAACUCUGCAGCAGCCUUAAUAUGGAUGAGAGGGCCCGGGGGGAGGCCUGGGAGUAUUACAGUAGGAUUAGCCAGAAUUAUACUCUAGAGGGGAAUGCUCUGCACUGGUUGGCAUGUUCAUUGUACGUUGCCUGUAGGCAGACAGUACCAACAGUUGGAAGAGGAACAGUUGAAGGAAAUUAUGUAUCCUUGACCCAAAUUCUGAGUUCUUCAGAAUUGAGUUUGAUUGAGUUUUUUAACAAAAUAAAGAAGUGGGAAGACAUGGCUAACUUACCAACAGAAUUCAGGACAAGAACAAAGAAACUAGAAAGGAAUUUCACAGUUAGUGCGGUGCUGUUUAAGAAGUAUGAUCCAAUUUUCCAAGAAGUCUUUAGGAGCCCUCUGGAGGAGCAACCACGCCAGCACAGAGGACGAAAACAAAGACGGCAGCCCUGUACAGUGUCUGAAGUAUACCAGUUUUGCUGGGUGCUGUUCAUUCAUACUAAAGGAAACUUUCCUAUGAUAAGUGAUGACUUGGUAAACUCUUACCACCUCUUACUGUGUGCUUUGGACCUUGUUUAUGGAAAUGCCCUUCAGUGCCCUAACAGACGAGAACUUUUAAACCCAAACUUUCAAGGCCUCCCUGAAGAUUUUUGUAGCAGAGAGUAUAAAGCUCCCUUAGAAGCGCCAUGUAUCAUUGAAACACUCUGUGGCCUCCAUGAUGGGUUAGUUCUAGAGGCCAAGGGUAUCAAAGAACAUUUUUGGAAGCCCUACAUAAGAAAGCUUUUUGACAAAAAGAUACUAAAGGGGAAAUCUGACUCUCUUGUAGGAUUCUUAGAUCCAGGAAACUUUGCAGACAGUGUGAAAGCUAUAAAUAAGGCUUAUGAAGGCUAUGUACUCUCUGCUGGUAAUCUGGAUGAAAGAGUCUUCAUGGAAGAUGUGGAGGAAGAAAUUGGGAGAAUAGGACAGUGCCUGAAUCCCUCGCUGGGAAUGGAGUCUGUAGAAAGGGCAAAAGUAACAUAUAAUCUACAGCAAAACUUUGACAAGUUUAAAUCUCUUCGGGUCUCCACACCACUUACCAGUUUAAAAUACAUAAGAGAAUGCAGCCCAUGCACAACACCCAUUUCAAGUGCCAUGUACUGUGUUAGCCGUCUUUUUACUAUUCUGACUGGAUUCAAACCUGCUCCGAGUGAGAGACUGCUGCAAAUGCUCAGAUCAUGUUCCAGAGAUCCCACCAAGACAAUAUUACGGCGACUGAAGGAAAUGUCAGAAACAUUUUGCGAGAAUACUGACAGUGUGGCAGAAAAACAGUUCUGCAGAGAUAUCACAAAAAAGUAUUUUCGCCUUGCUGAAGUGCUGUAUUACAAAGUAUUGGAAUCUGUCAUUGACCAGGAGAAGAAAAGAUUGGGUGAUAUAGAUAUGUCGAGUAUUCUAGAACAAGAUGUUUUCCACCGCUCCUUGAUGUCUUGCUGCCUUGAAAUCACUGUAUUUUCCUACAAGCCUCCUGGAAAUUUCCCCAGUAUAAUUGUCAUGUUUGAGCUGGCACCAUAUCAAUUUUACAAGGUUAUUGAAGUUGUUAUUAAAGCAGAGGAAGGCCUGUGCCGGGAAGUGGUAAAGCAUCUUAACAACAUUGAGGAACAGAUUUUGGAGUGCAUGGCAUGGACGCAUGAUUCACCUUUGUGGGACAAGAUCAGAGAAAAUGAUGGAAAGAUCCCACUGUGUGAGGAGGUCUUACAUCCCCAGCAUUUUGAAAAAUCUGGUGACAAUGGUACCACAGGAUCUCUUACUCCAAGAAGAAUAAACGAAAUACGUGCUGAUGCAUCAGGUUUAGGAAGGAGUGUCCCCUCAUCCCCAGCUACAUUGUGUGACAGAUAUAGCUCUCCUGCUGCUGGUACAGCACGUCGGCGGCUCUUUGUUGACCCAGACAGUUCAUCAGAAGCGGGGAGCCCAGCACAGGCUUCUCCACUUGCCACUGAUACUGUAGCAACUCCACCUGUUCCAGGGCAGACUUUGGUAACCAUGGCUACUGCAACUGUCACAGCAAAUAAUGGCCAAACUGUUACUAUUCCUGUGCAAGGUAUUGCCAAUGAAAAUGGAGGCAUCACAUUCUUCCCAGUGCAGGUGAAUGUUAGCAGCCAGCCUCACUCUGUGACCAGCUCUGUGCCACCCCUCACUGCUCAGGCUCUUGCAGGUCCACUCAAUCCUCAGCAGAUUCAAGGUCAAGUCAGUGUUUCUCAGGUCCCAGCAUCUCCUGGGCAACAGAGUAAGCAGAACCUGACCAGCAAACUGAAGAAGGCCAGCUCCUUGACUCUCUUCUGUAGAAGGGUGUACUGUUUAGCCAGCAUUCGUCUCAAAGACCUCUGCCUGAAGUUGGAUAUUUCUGAUGAACUAAGGAGAAAAAUUUGGACUUGUUUUGAGUUCUCGCUUGUCCAUUGUCCUGAACUGAUAAAAGACCGACACUUAGACCAACUCCUUAUGUGUGCUGUGUAUGUGAUCACCAAGGUGACCAAGGAAGACACUUCAUUCCACAAUAUCAUGAAGUGCUAUCGUGUACAGCCACAUGCGAGCAGCCAUGUAUACAGAAGUGUUCUCUUAAAGAAAAGAAGAAGGCGGCAGUCAGGAAGCAGUGACCAUAUCCUCCAGCCAGGCUCCCCUGCAGAGAAUACCAAGGAUAUCUGCAGCCGAGAGCCUAGUCCUGUAAUGAGAUCCAGCAGCACUUUACCUGUUCCCCAACCCAACAGUGCUCCCCCAACACCCACAAGAAUCACAGCAGCUGGUAGCAACUUUGUAGAAGAGGAGAGGGGAGAUCUUGUUCAAUUCUACAACAAUAUCUACAUUGAGAAAAUCAAAAGUUUUGCGAUGAGAUUUUCUCAAUCCAAUACAAGUGAAGCUACACCUCUUUCUCCUUACCCUUCAAUAAGAGCUGUAUCACCAAGACGUAUCCAGCUGUCACACAUCCAUUCCAUCUACGUUUCUACCCACAAUGAUGAUGCCACCACUGUAUGUCCUCGUGAAAAGAUCUGCUACUACUUUGACCUUAGCCCAGCAAAGAGGCUCCAGGAGAUAAACAGUAUGAUUAGAACUGGAGAGACCCCCACUAAGAAGAGAGGAAUUCUUUUGGAAGAUGGUAGUGAGUCACCAGCCAAGCGAAUAUGCCAGGAAAACCAUAGUGCUCUUAUAAGAAGACUGCAAGAUGUUGCUAAUGACAGAGGGACUCACUAAGUUACAUGACUUAAGUUCUUAUCUCUUUAUUGUUUUAUAUUCUAUUAUGUCAAUAAUUGGCAUUUGUUUUAUUUGAUUUAUUAAGAAACUAUUCUUAUUCUUCUGGCAGCUUUAUUGAUUAUGGAUAGAAUUUGACUGAUUAAAGAGCUGUCAAGCAGGCAAUGCGACAUUCAUUAAUUUUUGUUAUAAGAAAGGAUUAUGCUGUCUCCUGCCCUUGCUGAUGAAAACCAGUAGUAAUCUUAAAUCUAAGUCAUCAUGCUAAAAGGAAAGCAAUACGGUUUAUAAAAGAUUCUCUUGCAGUAUUAAGCAUUAUUUUAUACACAUUAUAUAUAAGCUGUUCCUGAUUUGGGAAAUUACUAUUCACAGACAUUAAAGACCUUCCAGUUUAGAAAGAGAGAGGAAAUUUGGUUAUACAUUGUAUGAUUUUACAUUUGUUGAAAAAUCUGAAGGUUUAUCUUGUAUCAGAGGGCACGGGUUAAGAUACAGUUGCCAGAUAAAAAAAAAAAAAGAACCAAAUUAGUUAAUCUGGUUCAGAAUGCAGCAGAUAUAGUAAUAGUUACGUUUUUUUCCCCUCUCUGCUCGUAUGUUUCUCCUUCAAUUUAAUGUCAGUUCUAGGACUGUAUUAUUUAUUGUUCUCAACUUUAAACUGAAAAGUAAAUAUCCCAGUCUCAACAAUCAGAUAAAACCAUUUAUAAUGAAAUUCUCAUUAUAACCCUAUACUACACCACUGACAUAUAGCAGCUUUAUGGAUAGGUGCCACUUCCAAGCCUCUUAGAAUUUUGCACCAUCAUCUUAUAAUAAAGCAAUCUUAUAAUAAAGCCUGCUUGAUUAGUGGCAAAACAUAGUGUAAUUGUCCUGUUAUGAAAAGUCUUCACUGAUUCUCUCAUACGUGACCCUUUAUAUGUACAUUAUACAUGUAUGUUCCCAUAAUACUAAGCUCAAAACAUAAGUGCAAGAUGUUGAUGGUUUUUGAAGUAAUUAUACUGUGUUCUGAUCUCAACUCUUUUCUCCUUUGUGCCCUAUACCACUGAAGUAAAGUGACCAGUUCAAGAAGUGCCUGUUUCCUACCAAGAUAUAUACCUGUUAUAUAAAUGUGUCCAUAUUUUGUGUAUAUGUGGCUUAAUAUUAGGCAUCAAAAGAAAAUGGAAUUUAGGUGAUGAUUGUUAUUAAUGUAUGUUAUUUUAUGCUAAUCUAAAAGCGUACAUGUACUUAUAUUUGUAUAUACAAUUCUGCUGUUUAAUUGUGCUAAUGACUUUGUUAAAGCACUUUGUGGGGGGUUAGUGUAAUUUGUUCUUGCCAGUAAGGAAGAACCUUUUUUACUGCUAGUUUCAGGAAAGGGAAUUAUUUAAUAUUGUUUGCUUGUUUCAUAAAAGUUUAUUGUUAAACUGUAAAUAUAUUUAUAGAUUUGAUAGAUUGAACAGCUUGCUGUGUGAAUAAUAUUACUUAUCUUACAUAAAGAAAAUUUGUGUUGCAGUCAAUUUUUUUUGCUGUAGUAUUGAAUGGCAGUGACUGGUAAUUUACAUCUUGCUAUCACAUAAAUGGUAAUAGAAUUGCAAAACUGUACAUUGCUGAUUGUUAAGGAUACUUUCAUCAAUAUCACAGAAAUGGUCUAUAUUGGGCUAUUACAUUGCCAUUUUAUGGAGUUUUUUUUUGUUUUCUAUUUUUGCUGUUUGGGUAAAACAAAUGUCUGUACUUAUCUCCAUACUAAGUCAGGUUCUGAAAAUCUAUUUUCUCAUAGACUUGACUUAUUGACUUAAAAAUCAUAGUAAAAUUUCAAUUAUUUGUAUGCUAUUUAUCGAUUUAUAGAAAAUAUUAAAUUUAUUUUGUGUCCCAGUAUAUAUAUUACUGCACACGCCAGUGACAUUUCAUUAUUUGUUUGUUUAAUCUCUCAUACUGUGGAAUGAGAGUAAGAUGAGACACUAGAAAGGUAGCAAAGAUUAAGGAAAAUUGAUUCAAACAAAGCCAAUCUGGUCUAUAAUAAUAACAACAACAACAACUUACUUGGCCUACACCACAUUUCUUCCCUAUUUUGUCCUGUGAGAAACUAAGCAUUUCCAAUGGAUGUGUGAAAGUUAACGACAAAUCUUUGUUAUCCAAUUAAUCACUGAUGUUCAUUAUAGUUCUGGUAAAGUUAAUUUGCUAGUGAAUAUUUAUGAUGAAUUUACAGUAAUGUUUCCAAACCAUGUCUAUUAACCACCACAUGAGUUGUUUAUAUGUCUGGUACAAGAGCUUUCUGUACUGUAGCCAUACUUGGAAAUUGUUAGUAUAUGUUUUAUUCAAAAUUCAUCAUGCAAUGUUAAAGAUAUUAAAAUAUGUUUAAAUGCUGUUAAA